GCGUCGGCCUUCUCAUUCUUCCCUCUUGGCGGUGCGAGGCGCUCCCGGCGCAGAGCGAACCAGACGCCGCCACCAUGGCCAGAGCAUGGGCUCCCUGGGAACCCCGAGAGCAUCUCGGGGGUCGCACUGGCUGAGCAAGGACCCUCGGGUGGGCGAUGGGGGACCGGGAGCACAACAAGAGGCGCCUGCUGGAGCUGCUGCGGGCGGCUGGCACUGGCAACGGGCUGUGCGCGGACUGCGGGGCACCAGAUCCUGACUGGGCUUCUUACAAGCUGGGGAUAUUCAUCUGCCUGAAUUGCUCCGGGGUCCACCGGAACUUUCCUGAGAUCAGUAGAGUGAAAUCCGUUCGACUGGACUUCUGGGAUGACAGUAUCGUGGAGUUUAUGACUCGAAACGGAAACCUCUGCUCCAAGGCUAAAUACGAAGCCAAAGUCCCUGCUUUCUACUACAUCCCUCAGUCUGAGGACUGCAUGGUCUUAAAGGAGCAAUGGAUCCGAGCCAAAUAUGAGAGACAGGAGUUUGUGGCCAGCAGCCUCACCUGGACCUUCUCUGGCAACCGUGAAGGGCUCCUUUGGAAGCGUGGAAGGGACAAUGGGCAGUACCUGAGAAGGAAGUUUGUCCUUUUGACAAGAGAAGGCCUUCUGAAAUACUACACUAAAGAAGAAGGAAAAGCACCUAAAGCUGUCAUCAGCAUAAAGGACUUGAAUGCCACAUUCCAGACUGAGAAGAUAGGAAACCCCCAUGGACUGCAGAUCACCUACAAGAGAGAUGGUCACACCAGGAACCUCUUUGUAUAUCAUGAGAAUGGGAAGGAGAUAGUGGAUUGGUUCAAUGCCUUCAGAGCAGCCCGUCUACACUACCUGAAAACAGCCUUUCCUGAGCUCCCAGAGUCUGAGCUCCUGCCUCACAUCACCAGGAAUUACCUCAAACAAGGCUACAUGGAAAAGACUGGCCCAAAGCAGAGAGAAGCAUUUAAGAAACGGUGGUUUGCUCUUGACCCUCAGGAGAGAAGGCUCUUCUAUUACAAGAACCCAUUGGAUGCCUUUGAACAGGGUCAGGUUUUCAUCGGGAACAAGGAGCAUGGGUACGAGAUCCAUGAUGAUGUCCCCAAGGGCGUCCGGGGGAACCGCUGGAAGGCUGGCAUUACCAUCGUCACUCCAGAGCGAAGAUUUGUCUUUGCCUGUCCCAACGAGAAGGAGCAGAGGGAAUGGCUGGAGAGUUUACGGCAUGUCCUGGCCCUCCCCAUGACUCCCCUAAAUCCUUAUGCAACAGCAGCUACUGGACAGAGGUGACUAGAACUUGGCCAACUUGCUCAGUUCCUACCAUGCCUAACUUUGACUUCGUUCCCAUUCUGCUUCAGGAAGGAGAAGUUCACUCUUGGGACAUAACCUCUGUCUGUAGCAGGAAGGACCAGCAAAAGGCAAACUGUGGUUGGUGGUUUUUGUGUCUCAGGCAUUGCUCUAGAUGGAAACUGGGCCUGCCUCCAAGGUCCCCUUGGCUCUCUCCUCACCAUUCCUCUCCUAGGUCUCUGUAAACCCUGACAGUGACUGAACAUAAGGGUCUUCCCUUCAGCAAUCAAACAAUGGCGACUCUAAGGGCAAUAUAAGCAUAGGUAAUACCAGAAUCUAAUCCAGCAAUGACUAUAGCAUCCUGGCAGAAGACCAAGUGAGAACCUCCUCCCUAACCCCGAAAGACUGAAGCCAAUUCUUAAAGCCUGAGACUCCCAUGUCCCUGUUACUUCUACCCCAGACAGGAGCCUGUUUGGUGGCCUCCUGUCCUGCUCAGAGACCUUUAAGAAACUUGAGGGGUCCCUCUUGCCAUCUACAGGUCUCUAUUAUCCCAGGAGGGAGAGAAUCUCACCAGUUGGCUAGCAUCUUUCUUCUUUCUUCUCUUCCUCCUCCUCAGGAAAGCACAUUUAUUAAGCAGAUAUUUGCACAUGGCAUUGGGCUAUGGUAAAGAAAUGAUGCAGAACAAGUGGAUAAUUGGGUUGUAGGAUAAGUUGGAUAUUAUGCAGAAAUAUUUGAGGGCACGACUUGCUUUGUACUAUCAAGGCACAGAAAAACAAUGAUGCUAAGGGAGCAGAGUGCUUGCCGGCUGUAGGGAAUCUGAAAAAGGACCCCUAAUCCAUAAGUUGUUGGUAUUUGUCUCAAGAAUGCAUGUUAUUUGGUUCUUAAAAAAUUUGUACAAAUAUAAUCUGGUUGUCUUCCUCAGGCACACUUUAAAAUGAUCUUAUAUCCCUCCAAUUUAUGAUAAGUGAUGGAAUUGAUGGUGGGUGUCUACAGGAUUUUGAAGAGGAUGAAUAUCAGUUCAAGUCUGGCAUCUACUAGAAGUAUAACUAGGAUCCGGAGACUGGGAUUUUCCCCUAGGGCAUAAAAUUUUUAAAAGUGCAAGUUAUACUUGAAAAAUUUCAGCAGGUAAAAACAACUAGUCUUAGCAUCUAGUUAGUGAGAUUGAUUAGUUAAAAUGGGAACCCACCAGAUCACAUUUCCCCACCAACACCACCUAUGUAACCCAGGUGAGAAUCUUCCCUUUUCCUAACUUAUACUGAUAAAGUUUGCAUUACUCAUCUUGAGACCUCCAUCCCAGGUUUCUCUUUCUCCCACAGAUGCACACUUGGGGUUAUGAUGUAUUUGCCCCCACAGAAUCUUGUAUCCCAAGGUCUUUCCCUCUUCCAUCUCCUACAAUUGAAUUUGUCAUCAACAGAUAGGUUUUGGUUGAAUUUCUGCUGCUUUCCGAAGGUACAAAACAACUUUGAGCUCUGGCUGUCACAGACCAAAUGUACGAGCCAUGCCUAGGCAUAAGAAAAACUUGUUUGUACUUUUCUUGUCAAGACCUGGCAAUUCUGCGAGACUAGAUUGUAUUCUCCAUGGAAGUGAAUGCCACCCUUGCCAAGAUUCCUUGCCCAGCUAAAAGGUUGGAAGUGAAGCGGGGAGGAGAUUCAGAACACCCCAUAGGAUGCUGGGAAAUUAUUCUUCAAGGAACUGGGUCAAAUUUUCAUUUUUGACUUUCAAUGUCUCCCAGUAGGAUGGGGUGGGCCAGGUGUGGCCCAGUUUGUAGUCUACUGCUUUUGUUCACAUAGAAGACACUCAAUAAAUAUUUAUUGAAUUAA